AUGGCAACCGCAGUCGCCCGCUUGGCCGGCAUCAAUGUCGGCGCAUCGGCGCAUCCCUCUCCUAGUGCUGAUUUCGGCCUCAUCGGUCUGGCCGUCAUGGGUCAGAACCUGAUCCUCAACGCCGCUGACCAUGGUUUCACCGUCUGCGCAUACAACCGUACCACCUCCAAGGUCGACCGCUUCCUUGACAAUGAAGCCAAGGGCAAGUCCAUCGUCGGUGCUCACUCCGUCGAGGAGUUCUGCUCCAAGCUGAAGCGUCCCCGCCGUAUCAUGCUCCUGGUCAUGGCCGGCAAGCCCGUCGAUCAGUUCAUCGAGGCUCUCCUUCCCCACCUCGAGGAGGGUGAUAUCAUCAUCGAUGGUGGCAACUCCCACUUCCCCGACAGCAACCGCCGCACCCAGGAGCUCGCCGCGAAGGGCAUCAACUUCGUCGGCAGUGGUGUCUCCGGUGGUGAGGAGGGCGCCCGCUACGGCCCCUCCCUCAUGCCCGGUGGCAACGAGAAGGCCUGGCCCCACAUCAAGGACAUCUUCCAGAGCAUCUCCGCCAAGAGCGACGGCGAGGCCUGCUGCGACUGGGUCGGCGACGAGGGUGCCGGCCACUUUGUCAAGAUGGUCCACAACGGUAUCGAGUACGGUGACAUGCAGCUCAUCUGCGAGGCCUAUGAUAUCAUGAAGCGCGGCCUGGGCAUGCCCGUCUCCGAAAUUGCCACCGUUUUCGAGAAGUGGAACACGGGCGUCCUGGACUCCUUCCUGAUCGAGAUCACCCGCGACGUCCUCAAGUACAACGACAACGAUGGCGUCCCGCUCGUCGAGAAGAUCCUGGACAAGGCCGGCCAGAAGGGUACUGGCAAGUGGACCGCCAUCAACGCUCUCGACCUCGGCAUGCCCGUCACCCUGAUCGGUGAGGCGGUCUUCUCCCGUUGCCUGAGCGCCCUCAAGGACGAGCGUAUCCGCGCCAGCAGCCUUCUGGAGGGUCCCUCUCCCGACUUCAAGGGUGACAAGCAGGCUUUCAUCGACGACCUGGAGCAGGCUCUGUACGCCUCCAAGAUCAUCUCCUACGCCCAGGGCUUCAUGCUCAUCCAGGAGGCCGCUCGCGAGUACGGCUGGAAGCUGAACAAGCCCUCGAUCGCCCUCAUGUGGCGUGGCGGUUGCAUCAUCCGCUCGGUCUUCCUCAAGGACAUCACCAACGCCUACCGCAACAACCCCGACCUGGAGAACCUCCUCUUCGACGACUUCUUCAACAAGGCCAUCCACACCGCCCAGAAGGGCUGGAGGAACGUCGUCGCCCACGGCGCUCUCUGGGGCAUCCCCACCCCGGCCUUCAGCACCGCUCUCGGCUUCUACGACGGCUACCGCACCCGGGACCUCCCUGCCAACCUGCUGCAGGCCCAGCGUGAUUACUUCGGUGCCCACACCUUCCGCAUCAAGCCCGAGUGUGCCAACGAGAACUACCCCGAGGGCAAGGACAUCCACGUCAACUGGACUGGACGUGGUGGUGACGUGUCUGCGUCGACCUAUGUGGCUUAGAUGAUGGAUGCAACGCCCUGCGCUGGACGUGGAAUCAUGCCCCCGAUAAUGGAAACAGGGGGACCGGAUUGGUAGAACUCUGGGGCAACAGAC